CUCCUACCGUCAUGACAUUUUACCGCUCUUUGAUCUCCACAACUGUGGCCUUGGCAACUGUAGGCACUGCGUCUUCAGACGCUGACCUGGAAGCCCUCAAACGUGCCGAGUAUCUCGACAGCAAUAGUGACAAAUGCACAAGUAUGAUUUUUGGUCGAAAGGCCACUACCUUUGGGUACCCCGUAGCGACCCAUGCCAACGAUUGCAUGAACUGUGACAAUCGUAUAGCCUAUGUCCCUCGGGGCAACGGCACAGGCCCUAGGCCAGUUUUCGAUAAUAUCCACUCUCUCUACCCGAGGGUCGUUACUAAGGGCCGGGCCGAUAUUUACGAACCUUUGCCGGGUCAAAACGAAUCCACACCUCUGGGCUACGUCCCGAGCGAGGGGGAGACCUAUGCACUGUGGGAGUCGUCAUAUCCUCUCAUCAAUUCGAAAGGUCUUGCGAUUGGUGAGAGUACUACGGCUGCUAAUAAGCCUUUGGCUGUCCAGGAGGUCACUCAUAAGGACGAGAUCACGGGAAAGGAAGGUACCGCCCUUUUCACUAUCGCCCCACUGAUGGCCAUUGCCAUGGAGCGCUGUGAGACUGCUCGCUGUGCUAUUCAUAAGAUAGGGGCCUUGGCACAGGAGUAUGGCUUCGCUGGAGAGGAGUAUGGCUCUGCUGAGGCUAUUACGAUCAUUGAUGACACUGAGGCAUGGGUCUUCGAGAUUGAAGGGGACGGCAAUAAGGGUGCUUUCUGGGUCGCCCAGAGGGUGCCCGAUGACCAUGUUGCGGUGGUAGCGAAUAACGCCAUUAUUAAGGCAGUGAAAACUAAUGCUCCUGAUGAGUUCAUUUACUCUGAAGGUCUCUUUGAGAAAACCAAGGCGAUGGGAUUGUGGGAUGGGGAAGGCACAUUUGACUGGUCCAAGGUCGUAUCGGGUAAGCUUGCCCUUCCUCGUUACGCCUCGCUAAGACAAUGGAGGGUUUUCGAUAGGGUUGCCCCUUCACAGGGAAUCCCCAAUAACGAGGACCCUUAUGAUUACCCUUUUUCCGUGGCGGUCGAUAGACCUGUUACAAUGAAUGAAAUUUUCGAUCUCCACCGUGACCAUUAUGAAGGCACCGAGUUCGACAUGACUAAAGGAAUCCUCGCGGGUGAGUGA